UCUCUCUCCUCGUCAUUCUCUCUCUGGGUUCCCCUUGUUCCUUAUCGUCUCACCUUGGCUCGCAGUAGCAGAUUUCCCUGCAAACAACCCUAAGAGUCUAAGACCGAGAAAACGCUAGAAAAUCUCUCUCUUUUCCCUUUUACCUUGAGAAGGAAAAUUCCAAUACGCCGAUCAUCGAUCCUCUUCCGCCGAUAGUCGUUCUGCUUAUUUCCGUGGGUUAUCUUCUUCGAUCCUGGCGAACUGACUCAGAUCUGUCACUGCUCUGGCCGUCGUAGGUUCCGACGACGGUUUCCUUUAGAUUCUUCUGUUUUUUCGUGGUUUCUACAUCGUUGAGCACCACAGAAUUGUCGCGGCGUUGAUUGCGUAUGAGUUGGUGAAAACCUAGGAUUCGAAAUCUCUCUUAUUUAGUUUUCUUAGUUUAUUUCCGAAGGAUUGGCUCUGGUUUUAGCGAUUCGUUGGGUUUUUUUUACUCAUAGAGGAGGUGAAUUUGACUGGCGGCUGUAUCUGGAUUUGGGAGAAAGCAUUGGGCAUAGGGCCAACUGGGUUUUUGUACCCGGAGCGCGUUGGGGAUGCCCACGUGAUUGGAUUGAAAAGUUUGAUGCCGCCUGAAUCACUGCCUUGGGAUCGGAAGGACGACUUCAGGGAGAAGAAGCACGAGAGGCCUGAGUCGUUCGGUUCCAACCCUAGAUGGAGAAACUCAUCCGCAGCGUCGUAUUCACCUCAUUACGGGUCACGUGACUUCCCUCGUUGGGGAUCUCCCGAUUUCCGUAGACCUCCUUAUAGUGGUAAGCAGGGCAGCUGGGAACAGUUUGAAGAAACAUCUAGUCAUGGGUGUGCAGCCUCUCGUUCAGGUGGCCGGACAUUUGGGAAUGUGACAUAUCAGUCAUCAGUCUCACGAGGAGAUUUUAGGCACUGCCGAAACAUUAGGGAUAAUAGGGGUUCUUUUGUGCAGAGAGACUGGAAACCCCAUGCUUGGGUUGCAAAUAACGGUGCAACAAAUGCAUUUGGCAGACCUUUUGAUAUGAUCACUGAUCAAAGAUUGGCCGAGAACAUACCUCCUUGUCCUGCCUCUCAGUCUGACACAAUGAAAACAUGGGAUCAAUUCAGAGACAAGCAAGAUAACAAAGUCAGUGGCAACAAUGGAUUGAACGCAGGACAAAAGUGUGAGUUAGAAACAUCUCUGAGCUCAGUGGACUGGAAGCCUUUGAAAUGGACCCGUUCUGGAAGUUUGUGUUCAAGAAGUUCAGGGUUUAGCAAUUCGAGCAGUUCAAAAAGUUUAGGGGCUGUAGAUUCUAGUGAGAUGAAGGAUGAGAAUCUGCGUAGUAGUGCCACUCUUCUUCAGUCACCUCCUGGAAAUGCUACUCCAUGUGUAGCAUCUGCCGUUUCAUCAGAUGAGGCUAUUUCCAGAAAGAAACCUCGACUUGGUUGGGGUGAGGGACUGGCUAAGUAUGAGAAACGAAAAGUUGAUGGUCCUGAUGUGAAUGUACAGAAGGAUGGACCUACAUUAUCCACUAAUAGUUCAGAAGCUGCACCUUCGCUUGUUUCAAGUUUGGUUGAUAAGAGCCCCAGAAUUCUGGGAUUUACAGACUGUGCAUCUCCGGCAACUCCUUCCUCUAUUGCUUGCAGUUCCUCACCAAGUGCAGAUGACAACUUGUAUAGAAAGGCAGCUAAUGCUAACAGUGAGCCCAAUAACAUGUCUGGUUUACCUAGUCUGGGAGUUUGGAACCAACUUGAGGGUUUCUCUUUCAACUUAGAAAAUUUGGAUGACGUUUCAAUGGCUAAUUUGUCUUCUUCUUUGAAUUGGUUGCUUCACUUGGCUGAUCCUGGUUCAGUAGAUUGUUGCUUCGCGAGCUCUACUGCAAUGAGCAGAUUGCUUUUCUGGAAAGGUGAUGUUUUAAAGACAUUGGAGGUGGCUGAGUCUGAAAUUGAUUUGCUUGAGAAUGAACUUAAAAGGAUAAAAUCAGAAUCUGGCGAUUUCAGCCUUUGCCCAGCUUCAUCAAGCUCGCUAGCUGUUGAUGUCAAUACAAAUUUAUCUAAGGAGCUAGAAGCUGUUUCUACUUUCAUCCUUCGACCUGCUCCUUUGCAACUCACUUGCUCUGCUGAUGAAGUAGUGGAUAAAACACCAACAGGUUGCAGUGGUUUGGAAGAGCAUCCUGCUAAUGGUAAGGCUGAAGAUCUUGAUAGUCCAGGAACUGCAACAUCCAAGUUACUUGAACCUUUAUCCUUGGCAAACAGCUUGCUUGUCUCAAAAUUUGAGUUUUUUGUUGAAGAUUCUGGGAAUUCCAUCAAAAACCAGUCUCAAGAUCUACUGCUCUCUUGUAAUGAAUCCUGUUUAGCUGGUAAUGAUGACGUCAAUGCACCUCUAAAUAGUGAAAACAUCGAACUUGCUUCUGGUGGCAGCAGGUCGGAUGAUGGAGAUGAUAUACAAUGUAAAAAUAUAAUGUUAUGUAAUAAGGAAUCUGCUAGGCAAGCAUCUGAGGUAUUAAUUAAGUUAUUGCCUGGAGACUUUAGGUCUGAUAAUGCUCUGGAUUUAUCUGACAUUGUUGGCUCGCCAGAUAGUGUCCUAGUUAGACAAAGAAUUACUGCUAGGAGAAGGAUGAUGCGAUUUAAGGAGAAAGUUUUGGCAAUUAAGUUUAAAGCCUUUCUAAAUGCAUGGAGAAAAGACAUGCACCAGUUAUCAAUGAGAAGAUGCCGUCCAAGAUCCCAGAAAAAAGUUGAUUCUGGCUUGCGGAUGAUAAAUGGAGGCUAUACAAAAAACCGUACUCACAGUCGCUCACGGUUGUCUUCACCAGGAAAUUUGUGCCAAAUCUCCUUUCCUGAGAUGGUUAGCCUCACAAGUGAGAUACUUUCAAACUCCCCACAAAGACCAUACAGAAAUGUUCUGAAAAUGCCCGAAAUAAUUUUGGAAGAUAAGGAGAAGAUUUUUUCUAGGUUUAUCUCUACAAAUGGAUUGAUUGAAGAUCCAUGUGCUGUGGAAAAGGAAAGAGCUAGGAUGAAUCCUUGGACCAAAGAAGAGGAAGAAAUCUUUGUGGAGAAGUUUGCUACCUAUGGGAAGGAUUUUAGAAGAAUUGCUUCUUUUCUUGAUCACAAGACCACUGCAGACUGUAUCGAGUUUUACUACAAGAAUCACAAGUCAGAUUGCUUUAAGAAAAUAAAAAAGUGUGGCAAUAAUAAGCAGGAGAAGUGUGCUGCUAAUACCUAUUUGGUAACAUCGAGCAAAAAGUGGAACCGUGAUACGAAUGCCGUGUCUCUCAAUAUUUUGGGUGCAGUUUCUGCUAUGGCAGCUCAUGCUGAUUGCAAAACUGCUUCUGGAUCAAGAUUUUCUGUUAGGAUCACUUCGGGCAAGCGCAUUGAGUCAAAGAUGUCCCAAGCUGAUGAUUGUAUAGAAAGGUCAAGUAGUUUUGAUCUACCUGAGAAAGAAUCUUUUGCUGCUGAUAUCCUGGCUGGUUUUUGUGGUUCAUUGUCUUCGGAGGCCAUGAGUUCUUGCAUAACUAGUUGUGUUGAUCCUGGGGAGAUCUGCAGAGACUGGAAGUUCCAGAGAAUGGAUUCUAGCAGAAAGAGGUGUUCAGUGUCUGAUAUUACGCAGACUGCUAAUGAUGAUACAUGCUCAGAUGAUAGCUGUGGGGAAACAGAUUCUGGUGAUUGGACUGAUGAGGAAAGGUCUUUGUUUAUGCAUGCUUUGUCUUUGUAUGGUAAGGAUUUCGCUAGCAUAUCGCGAUGCAUCAGAACCAAGUCCCGGGAAAAAUGCAGGAUUUUCUUUAGUAAAGCUCGGAAGCGUCUUGGAUUGGACUCGAUACUUUUGCCUAGAAAUGUUGGUUCAUCUGUUAGUGAUGAUGCAGAUGGUGAUGGAAGUGACUCAGAAGAUGCUUGUGUUUUGGGAACUAGCUCAGCCAUCUGCAAUGAUGUUGUGGAUGCUAAGAGGGAUGAGGACUUAUCAGGCUCUCCUUUCAAGAUAAAUCAGGACGCUUGUCUGUUGGGCCCUGUGAAAUUGGAAACUGACCUGAAUAUGUCUGAGGUGGAGGAUGUACGGGGAAUUCUGGAUAGAAGUAUUCACCUGGACACGUUUGGGGUGGAUGAUAAACACCAGGGACACCAUGGAGUUGCCAAUGAAUCUGUGAAUGGAAACUGUGUUAAGAUCCAAGCUCAGCCUGAUCAACAGGCACAGGAAGAUACUGUGCUAUCGACUGAUGCUGAGAAGAGUAUGGAUUCAGCUAGUCAAUACCAUGCAUCUUCUUGUGCAGUCGCAUCUUUUGCACCUUGCUCUUCUUUGAGUGAUGAGUUACCGGCAAGUGACAUUGUUAAGGUCACCAUGGAGACGAGGAAGGAGGAUUCAGUGCUAGAUAAAAGUGUUAUGUCGAUAACUAAUUUGAACGAAGAUGCAUGUGGAAAACAUGAUGGCCGUAAUUUUGUCCAAGAUAGCCUUGUGAAUAAUGCUAAUGCAACAAAUAAUCAGGAAGCAGAUACAAGUUCUUUCUCGGGCUUCAACAAUUUCGAUUGCCAACCCCAAGUUUCUGUCCAAAGAAGGCUACAUAUCCCUUCAUUGCAAGAGCAGGCGACUAUUUCUGUAAAGCUUGAGUCACCUGGUCAUGCCAUUUUAGCAGCUCUCGACAAACCUGGUAAUGAUGUCAGUUUGACAACUAAUGUUGAGAAGGCUAAGCCGGAUCAUGAAUUUGUUGGCCGAUGUCACCACCUCCAAAAUGUUGCAGCACCACACGUUCCUACGUCCCAUAUACUCAGUGACCAUGCAUUGCGUAUUUCAACAAAGAAAGAAAUGGAUUCUGAUGUUUACUGGGGACAGGUUCGUGAAGUUCAGAUGAAUCUGAAAUCAGAUGCUGGAAUCGGUAAUGAAUGUGUUGCCCAAGGUUUCUCUUUACGGAAGUGUAACGGUCUGAUAAAUGAGCAGAAAGUAUUAUCUCUGGAGCAGAAAUCUGGUACGGAUAAGUCAUGCAAGAAUGGUGAUGUUAAAUUAUUCGGCAAGAUACUUACACCACAUGAGAAUGAAGGUAAGGGUUUGGGCCUUGACUCCAAGCAAAGUGGUAAACCACCUACCCUAAAUUUUGCUGUCCAGAAAUCUGCAGAUGGACAGCCGGCUAAUGUGGGACGUGAUAAAGUUGAUUACAGUGGGCAUGAAAAUGUACCAAUCAGGAGUUACGGGUUCUGGGACGGUACCAGAAUACAGACAGGGUUAUCAUCUUUGCCCGACUCAGCAAUCUUGUUGGCAAAGUACCCGGCAGCCUUUGCCAACUACUCUGCAUCCUCUUCCGCGAAGGAGCAGCAGGUAUCACAUUCUCUCGCCAAGAAUUAUGAACAUAACCUGAACGGAGUCUCGAUUUAUCCAGCGAGAGAAACGUAUGGUAGUGACAGGGUUCUGGUUUCUCACAUGUUUAGGAACCAUGACGGUAAUAGAACACAACCCUUCUCUCUCGGGAGGGACAGAGUGUUCUCCGAGGUGCAGAGACGGAAUAGGUUUGAGGCAGCCUCGGGAAAAGGAAUGGUAGGGAUGACAACUGCAGACCCUACAGGGGGAGUUUCAGAUCCGGUUGCUGCCAUUAAAAUGCACUAUGUGAAAGCCGAGCAGUACAUGGCAUGGCAUGGGAACGGGAACGUCGGGGCGGGUAAAGAGCCGUGGAAGCGGAAUGGGGAUAUAGGCAGAUAGUGUUUGGUCCCCAAAAGAGUUAGAGUUGUUUGCUUUGGGGCAGGACUUUUGUACAAUAGUGUUGUUUCGUUUUUGUAUUACGGGGAAAUGAGAAUAGAGGAGAGGAGCUCUUGAAGGUUGUUUUUAGAUUCUCAGUUUCUUUCUUUAGCCUUUUACUUGUUUGGUUCCUCAGUUUCUUUUUGGUCUUUUACUUGUUUGGUUCCUGUGUUGUUGUAGGCUCCUCUCUCUCUCUCUCUCUCUCUCUCUCUCUCUCUCUCUCUCUCUCUCUCUCUCUGUAAUGUUGACGCAAGCUCUGUAUUUGUUGUAUUUGAAGAAAUUUCAGAAGAAAAAUCUUUGGAUGCUUCU